AUGAGGAGGGGUAAUCAGAGCAGUGCAUCUGAAUUCGUCCUUUUGGGGCUCCCUAUACAGAAGGAGGAACAAGGCAUGUACUACGCCCUCUUCCUGGUCAUGUACCUGACCACGGUGCUGGGGAACCUGCUCAUCAUCCUGCUCAUCAGGCUGGACUCCCGCCUCCACACACCCAUGUACUUCUUCCUCAGCAAUUUGGCUUUUACUGACAUCUCUUUCUCAUCAGUCACAGCUCCAAAGAUGCUUGUAAAUAUGUUGACACAUAGUCAAUCCAUCUCUUAUGCUGGUUGCAUUUCUCAGGUAUAUUUUUUCUUAUUUUUUGCAGAUCUUGACAGUUUCCUUCUAACUUCAAUGGCCUAUGACAGAUACGUGGCCAUCUGCCAUCCCCUGCAUUACACCACCAUCAUGAGUCAAAGUCUAUGUUUCCUGCUAGUAAUUCUAUCCUGGGUCUUUUCCUGUGCUGGUUCUCUUGUGCACACUCUUCUCCUAUGGAAGAGCAUGAAGAGUCAUAACCACAGCAGUGCAUCUGAAUUCAUCCUCUUGGGGCUCCCCAUCCGGGUGGACCAGCAAGGCAUGUACUACACGCUCUUCCUGGUCAUGUACCUGACCACGGUGCUGGGGAACCUGCUCAUCAUCCUGCUCAUCAGGCUGGACUCCCGCCUCCACACGCCCAUGUACUUCUUCCUCAGCCACUUGGCACUCACCGACAUCUCUUUCUCAUCAGUCACAGCCCCAAAGAUGCUCAUGAAUAUGCUGAUGCAUAAUCAAUCCAUCUCUUAUGCUGGGUGUGUUUCUCAAGUAUAUUUUUUCUUGUUGUUUGGUGAUCUUGACAGUUUCCUUCUCACCUCAAUGGCCUAUGACAGGUAUGUGGCCAUCUGCCAUCCUUUGUACUAUACCACUAUCAUGAGUCCAAACCUCUGUUUGCUGCUAGUAAUUGUGUCUUGGGUCUUGUCCUCUGCUAGUGCCCUGGUGCAUACCCUUCUCCUAGCCCAUCUGUCUUUCUGUGAUGACAACACUCUGCCACAUUUCUUCUGUGAUCUUUCUGCCUUACUGAAACUGUCCAGCUCAGACACCACUAUUAAUGAGUUGGUCAUUCUCACUGUUGGAGUGGUAGUCAUUACUCUCCCAUUCAUAUGCAUUCUGGUGUCUUAUGGCCACAUUGGGGCCACUAUACUGAAGGCUCCUUCAAUCAAGAGAAUAUGCAAAGCCUUGUCCACAUGUGGCUCUCACCUCUCUGUGGUUACUCUGUACUAUGGAGCAAUUAUUGGGCUCUACUUUUUCCCCUCCUCUAAUAACACAAAGGAGAAGGAAGUUAUUGUGGCUGUGUUGUAUACUCUGAUCACUCCCAUGUUAAAUCCCUUUAUCUACAGUCUAAGAAAUCAGGAUAUGAAAGGAGCUCUUGGAAAUAUCCUCAGUAAAAGAAUAUUUUCAGUGAGAUGA